AAUGAAUCUUACCAUAACCCAAAUACUAACUAAAAGAUUUGAGUUUUGGUUUUGUUUAACCACGUUCAAAAGAAUAACGUCAAAUCCCUCACCAUCCAAAGCUUACUGUUAGUCUCUCUCCUACUAGCUUUUCUUUUUCCCCCUUCUUUUUUUAUAAGUCCAUGUAUUUUUCCACUUGCAUUUCUCAGUAUCCUCCCAGUCCCAGAAUGGCUGAUACCACGGCCCUCUUCUUUCUUUGUUUCUCCUUAUUAUCUUCCUCCGUCCUUUCUCGUACGGCUCCGCUGAGCUCAGGAACUAACGUUCUUGACGUGUCUUCCUCUCUGCAGAAAACCGUUAAUGUUUUCUCCGUCAGCAGCUCUAAAGCUUUAAACUCACUUGACAAUGAAGAACACGAGGAGGACCCUUCUUCUUCAGCUAAUAAGCUGAGUGUCAAGCUGCAUUCCCGAGUCGGCAUUCUUGAAGCUUCCGAAAAGGACUACAACUCCCUCACUCUAGCUCGGCUAGGCCGCGAUUCUUCCCGGGUUAAAUCGCUCCAGACCCGGGCAGAUCUGGCGGUUCACGGGAUUUCGCUGGCGGAUCUGGAGCCCAUGGAGACCCAAUUGGAUGUUGAAGCGUUGCAAGGCCCGGUGAUUUCGGGGACGAGUCAGGGCAGCGGCGAGUACUUCACCCGGGUCGGAAUCGGCCGGCCGGCGAGUCAAGUUUACAUGGUGCUGGAUACCGGAAGCGAUGUGAAUUGGGUUCAGUGCGCUCCCUGCGGCGAUUGCUACCAGCAAGCCGACCCGAUUUUCCAGCCGGCUUCUUCCUCGACUUUCUCCCCUCUCAAUUGCCAAGCUCAGCAGUGCAGAUUUCUUGACCUGUCGGAAUGCCGGAAUGAUACUUGUCUCUACGAGGUUUCCUACGGUGAUGGGUCCUACACCGUCGGCGAUUUCGUAACGGAGACGAUUACCAUGGGCGGCUCGGCUUCGGUCGACAACGUAGCCAUCGGCUGCGGCCACAACAACGAAGGGUUAUUCGUCGGCGCCGCCGGGUUGAUCGGAUUGGGUGGCGGCCCGUUGUCUUUCUCAUCUCAGAUUAAAGCCUCGUCGUUUUCGUAUUGUCUCGUGGACCGAGACUCUGACGCCACCUCGUCUCUCGAUUUUGACACCCCUGUCGCCACUGACGCCGUCACCGCACCGUUACUCCCGAACCCGAAGUUGAACACCUUCCGUUACGUGGACAUCACCGGUAUUAGCGUCGCCGGUGAAUCACUCCCCAUCCCGCCGUCGAGUUUCAAGCUCAACGACAACGGCGAGGGAGGCGUGAUCGUGGAUUCGGGAACGGCUGUGACGAGGCUUCAGACGGACGCCUACAAUGCGUUACGGGAUGCCUUCGUGAAGGGGACUAAAGGAUUGCCGUCAACUGACGGGGUUGCGUUGUUCGACACGUGUUACAACCUGGGCACGAGGAAAAGCGUGGAGGUCCCAACGGUAACAUUUCGUUUCUCUAACGGGAAGGAGCUGUCGUUGCCGGCGAAGAAUUAUCUGAUCCCGGUGGACUCAUCUGGGACAUUCUGUUUCGCGUUUGCUCCGACGUCGUCUUCGCUUUCUAUAAUUGGAAAUGUCCAGCAGCAAGGGAUACGUGUCACCUACGACCUCAAGAAUUCCCAAAUUGCAUUUGAAUCCAACAAAUGCUGAAAUUUUUUAACCGUGAUUUUAUAACACCAGUAAAGUUGUAAAACCGUGAUUUUAAAUAGAUUGUUUUUACUACAUGUCUACGGCUUUGGUUAGGUUAAUUUAUGGAGUAUGGUAGUGAGUGGACCCCACCUUGAAUAAUUGUAACUUAAAGAUGGGACCACAGCGAUGUUGUUGUGUGUGUGUUUAAUUAUCAAUGGACUCUCAAAAUCUUUUCUUUUUCAUGAUGAUAUUGACAGUACUCCCUCCAUUCCAUAAUAAGUGUCGUCUUACACUUUGCA